AUGGAUGAGCUCCUAGCACGCUUCCCGCACUUCAAGAAGACGGCCCAGGUGCUGAUCGGUGAUCCCACGGCCGACUUCAAGAAGCGCACGCCGGAGCUCAUGCUGAAGCUGAAGCAGGAGAAGGCUGAUGCCGAGUUCAAGGUGAAGCAGGCGGAGGAGAUCCGCAAGUACCAGGCGGAGAAGGCCGCGAAGGAAGGCGAGCGCGCAGCGAAGAAGGCUCGCAAAGAGGCCGAAAGGAAGGCAGAGGAGGAGCGUCGCGCUGCGGCGGGCGAGGAAGCCCCGGACCAGGAGAUGAAGCCGGCGGAGGAGGAGGAGCCUGUGGUGAUGGGCCCGGACCCAGCCCAGGAGAAGCCGCCCACGGUGCAGCUGACGCCGGAGGAGUUGCAGGUGAUCUUCCGACCCCUGGAGUUUCCAGAUUUGACGGAUUUCGCGCUGAGCACUUCCAUGAAUGACUUCUCGCUGCCUGAGAAGACUGAGGGCUUCGAUGCUGUGCAGUACCCCUGGCUGGCGAGGACCAAAGCGGAGCCCUACUUCAAGGAGUGGCGCCUGAAGCGGAAGAUCACCACAAAGGUUGAGGAUCUGAAGAUCGGAGACUGGUUCAAUCAGAAGAGCAAUGCUUGGAAGGAGCAGCUGCAGCAUUGGAAGGGCCUCCAAGCGGUGUGGAAGGCGAACGGCAGCAAGAAGGAGGAGGAGCCCAAAGACUCGCCCAUGGAGCAGGCACCCGAAAACGAGGAGGGAGAGCCCAAGCCGGAGGUGAAGAAGGACGAGCCUAUGUGUUUGGGCGUGGCCGACGAGGACCUGGACGUCUUUGGAGCCAAUGUGAAUGAUUUGGGCAACGGGGAGCCGCUCUGCAGCCACUUCGGCUUCGAGGACUGGAUGCUGCUUCAGCUGCGCGUGGAGUUCCACCUCAUGGUGCACGGCUUCAAGAAGGACGUGACUGAUCCUGAGCGGCCUGGCAUUCAAGUGGAGAACGUGCCGUACUAUUACAACAAGUACUUCCGCAAGACCUUUGCCGCGAGCCACUACGGAUACGAGAGCAAUGAGAAGGUGAUGGACUUGCUGAAGGACACCGUGGUGCUGAACGGGCAGAAGGUCUUGGUACCAGAGCUGGCAGAGGAGUUGGACAACUUCGACCUCUUCCUGAAGCUCACGGAGGAGGGCCGCCGGGAGCGCGAGCUGAUGAUCGACUACGGCGACGAGGAUGCGGCGCUGAGGUUCAACCACACCGCGCUGAAUGCCAUCAUGGGCGGCAAAGGUUUCUUCAAGGGUGUGAUGCCCGGCAAGGGCAUGGACAAGGGCAAGGCCUUCCAGGGCAAGGGCAUGCCCUGGCAGGGGCAGAUGCAGAAGGGCUACGACAGCAAGGGCUACGGUGGCGGAGGAGGGUGGGGGAAGCCAGGUAUGGCUAUGGGCGGCAAGCCUCCGCAGAUGGGCGGCAAGAAGGGCUUCAACAACUUCGGCAAGGGCUACGGGAAGCAGACAAGACACUUGGAGGACCUCAUGGAGGUAGCUUUGGAGCUGCAGCAGCGACGAGAUGCGGAAGGCGCGCGGCAAAGCAGGUCAAAUUGCGUUUGCAAGCAGCGGCACGUCAACAAGACGUCUUGCUCUGCCAAUCGCCGGCGCAUCGAAUCUAAGAGAUGGCGGCGCUUCAUGGUGCAGGACCUGGCCGUGCCACAGGACAUCCGCGGCUUCCUGGUGCAGAACCCACAGGUGACAUCUCUCCAAAGCCUGAGAGAAGCGUUGAGGCGCUGGAGCGUUUGGGCGUCUGCGGCUGCUGCGCUGUCGCUGGAUGGCCUGAACUGCGACCAUGAGCUGUUCCAGAACCACUAUGAGCUCGCUCACCUCUUCUACGUGGUCCGGUCGGACGCGGAGCACCUGCGGCCCUAUGACUUCGAAGACCCGGUGCGCAGCUACCCGGAGGAACCGCCGGUGGCCGAGCACAUCCGGGCGCAGGCGGAACUGCUGCGCAUCUUCUGCGUGGAAGCCGUCGCGCUGGAGUGGCUGCUGGACGCUGAGCGACACCUGUCGCUCAUGGCCCGCAGUACGUCGCCUGCUGAGCUCUACGGCAACGCCUCCCAGGCGUGCGAAGAGCUGCGCAGCUUCCAGCGCUUGGCAGAGCAGUUCACCUGGGCGGAGAAAUAUCAGGAGCUGCUGGGCAUGGGCCUGCAGCACUUGAUGGCCUCCUGGCACCGCCUGGGCUUCCGCCCGGAGAAGCUCUGCGCGUCCCUGGAAAACGAGGCGGAGGUGCGGCUGGUCCUAGGUGAUGUCGAGGUGCACAGGAAGUGCAAGAUGCGGGCGGAGCAGGGAUAUCGUGCAGGUGACCUCUCUAGUGGCUGCAAGGUGGAAGGCCUAUGGCGGCUUCUCCCCAAGGCCAUGCGCGCGGCGAUCGCCGCGCCGCGGCGCUCCGGGGUUCCGAAGCGCGAGCUGGGCGCGGGCUGCGGCACCCGCUUUGUGGCGACAGGCUACAUGAAGAAUCUGUCCAUGAUUGACAGCCGUGGGUUUGCAGCUGACACCUGCCGGGGGCCCUUCCUGACCUACCAUCCGUUCCCUAUGGCAAGCCUUACAGCCUGCAAGUACUGUAUGGUUGGCUCCAUGCUGAACCUGCAGCCGGGUGAGGAGCUCUUGGAGUUUGGCCCAGGCUGCGGCCUUGGCGCCGCCUGGCUGGCCGCGGCCUUCGGCGUGCAGGUCACUGCCAUCGACCUCUUCCAGCAGCACCUGGAGGGAACGCGCGCCAGCGGCUCGCAGGUUGGUGUGGACAUUCGCGCGGUUUGUCAAGGCGACGUCGCCGCUCUGGAGGCCUUUGACGACGAGUCCUUCGACGUGGUGAUCACCAACGGCGCCAUGACGAAGCUGGGCAGCGCUGCGGCGCCCUGCGCCGUGCUGCGGCGCCAGCUGCUGCGGGUGCUGAAGCCGGGAACUGGGCGGCUGUGGUUCGGGGGGCUCCACAGCCCGUAUGCAAUGGACCUAUACCAGAUUGGCGCACAAGGAUGGAUGGAGUGCUUGCGCACCCUGGAAGAAGGCGGUGAUGUGUCGUAUGUGCUGUUUUCAGAGCUGGAGACCAUGGGUGUGGCGGAGUCCUGGGACGCGCAGGAGCUGACCUUGUUGUUGGUCAAGCAUUCGAGCUCGGCAUUGACGGAUGAGGCGGACAUUUACGCAUGCAGGGCUGCAGAGGAGCAGGGCUUUAGCAAGAACAAGGAGCAGCUGGAGGUCUUGCAAUCUCUGCUGCCCAGCAUCGACUGGAGUCUCGCAGGGAGCUUUGCUGCAGGGCCCUCGUUCUGGCCGUGCGCGCAGCAGCGCCUGGAGCGCAUCGCCAGCAACGUCGCGGAGGGCAUGUGGGCGCUGCAGUUUGCUCCCGGUUUGGACCUUCGGCACGUGCUGCGCCGCGCGGAGUCGUGGCGCCCGGCAGCCCCUCCGGAGCGUUCCGGCCACGAGGAUGUUUGGCUGGAGGACAUCAUCGUGCCGACAGGGGUCGAUGUUGUCUUGGACCACUGGGAGCAGCGCUUGGAGGAGCUGGGGCUGCCGGCCAGCCACUCGGACCCCUGGCACAUCCUGAGGUACGACCCGGGAUACCGCGCCCACUUUCUGCACACGGACUGUGGCGUAGAGCACGUUGAUCCCAGCAACGACCGUUACGCCACCGUCUUGAUCUGGCUCUCAGAGUGCUGGAACGAGAGCUUGCCCUGCAGCCCGGUGAGAACCGAAGCCACCGGCGUGGACGACCUGGCGGACGGUGCGACGGUUUUUCCCCAGUAUGGCCUGAGAAUGCGCAUGCCACCAGGUGGACUGGUGGUCUACAGCAGCUUCACACCAGGCCUCGGCGGCCGCUGCAACCCGCGCUCCGCGCACUUCGCGGCGCCGCUGGGCGCCGCAGCGCCGCAGGCGAAGCUGGUGCUGCAGAAGUGGUACUACGCCUCUCCGGUCGAGCCCAGCACGCCCAUCGUGCCUCUGGCCGUCUGCGACGAGAACCCGAGCACCGGCGCCGCCCGAGACAGGGCGCAGUGCAAGCACUUUGUGAUGCCCCCGCAGGGCAUGGCAUCGCAGCGCGUGCAGGACGGCUUGGGACGGCUGCAGCGGCGCAUGGCCGAGCCGGAAGAGGGCGACCAAGUGCAGCAGGUGGUGGCCCUGGCGACGUCCAGAGAGCUGCGGGAGCUUUCGGAGGCCUUGGAGGACCAGGCACAACAGCAUAGCCCUUUUUCAGACCAAUGA